AUGUCGGGAAUUGAGCACGCCUCGACGCAGAGCAUCAGACCUUUCAAGUCGUGUGAGGAGUACCUCUACGCGAUGAAGGAAGAUCUGGCUGAGUGGCUGAAGGACUUGUACGGCGUGGACAUUACGGUGAAUAACAUGGUGCAGGCGCUGGAGACGGGCGCGCUCCUCUGCGCUCACGCCAAUAACGUGACGCGCGCCGCCGGGGAGUUUCAGCACAAACACGGUCGCAGGCGCGCGCACCUGCCCUCCUCCGGGGUGACUUUCAUGAGCUCGGCUCAGCCUGCAACCUUUCUGGCCCGGGAUAACGUGUCCAACUUCAUCAACUGGUGUCGGAAUGAGAUGCACAUUAAAGACGUUCUGAUGUUUGAGACAGACGACCUUGUCCUGCGAAAGAAUGAGAAAAACGUGGUGCUCUGCCUACUCGAGGUGGCUCGACGGGCCUCUCGCUUCGGCAUGGCCGCACCUGUCCUUAUUCAGCUGGAGGAGGAGAUAGAGGAAGAGAUUCGCGAGGAGAAAAUGGAGCCUGUGGUCCAGAGACGCUUGAUAAACACUGAGAACCUGGAUGAGAUGGUUCAAUAUCUGGUGAGUCGCUGCACUUGUCCCAGUCAGUUUCCCAUGGUGAAGAUAUCAGAGGGAAAAUAUCGAGUCGGAGACUCCAACACCAUCAUAUUUGUCCGAAUCUUAAGGAAUCAUGUGAUGGUGAGAGUGGGUGGAGGAUGGGACACCCUAGAGCACUAUCUGGACAAACAUGACCCCUGCCGCUGCACAUCUCUGUCCCAUAAACUUUCACAGCGCCCUUCCACUCCGGUCCACGAGAUCAAAGCCAGGCAAUGCGGGCCUGAUGGCCAGGCUACGUCUCAAAUCUCUUUGGUGCUGACCCGAGCCCAGUCCCCUCUCGACCCUGUAAUCUGGACCUCUUCCGCUCCCACCAGAAUCCAGAGAUCAGAGCCGGGGCUCAGGAGUAGCCCAUCUCCUACUAAACUAAGGGUCCCUUGCCAACAGACCUACUCUGACACUAAGGAAGUGCUGAAGUCCUCUAACAGAACAGGCAGAGAACCCAGCAGGGUGUCUCCGUCUAGACGUGUAACCAGCAGUCUUCCCCGACCAGCUCGUCCGUCCACUCCACCACAACCACAGACUCAGCGUCCCAGUACACCCUUGGUCUUGCAGAAGGUCUACAGCCAAACCUCUACUUCACCGCAGCAAGUGCCAGACAACAGGCCUGGGCACAAUUGGACUAAGUCCCAGAUUGUAUCAAAGCUGAGACAAAAUGCCACAACUGUGCCAAAGAACAACAAGGAUUUACAAAGUGCUCCAGAGAAGCCAGGAGUUUCAGUGUCAACUCGACCUUUCCAGAGUGUUACACCAGUUCAAUGUCUUGCAACCAACAACCAUCAAGACUCUCAGGUCAGUGGGAAUGCCAGAAAGAGCCCAGGGUUUAUUCGGACAUUUUCUCCUACAAAAGGGCUAAUGGGUGUCAUAUCAGGGGAUGGACAUACUAGGAUCCUUGCAUCAAAUGAAAAAGCCCAGUCAUCAGACAGUUCAUCCCGACCUACCAGACUGCAAGGAAAUGAGAAGAGCCGACAGAGAUCUUCUUCACACGGUGACAGAAAACACUGCUUGGACCUUCCAAAGCACACUGGACUAAAUUCUGUCAUCAAUUCUGACUUGGUAGAGCCAUCUCAACCUGUUGCUGCUGUGAGUGCAGAAAACAAAUGUAGAGAUACAAACAGAAGCUAUCUCUUUACUCCUCCCCCAAUCAGUCCUACUCAGGAGGCUAUCCUCUAUCAGAGCCUUGAGGAAGAGAUCCUGUUUAAUCUACAACAGCUUGGCAUGGACUCUGAUGGUGGUGACUCAGAGAACGAACAGGACAGUAGUCAGCCUGACACCCCAAUGAAUUCUCCAGAGAUUUCACAUAAGACCAGGCAACCAUCUAUCCACAACACAUCCCCUGGUGCAUCCUAUUCAUCCUCCAGACAAACCAAUCCAAGGGAUGCUAAUUUUGGAGCUGUCAUUGAUGAGCUUUCAAAAGGAAGGAGACCACUUGAGAAAGUAUCUGUUGAAAGCUGGGUGAACAAUUUCUCCAGAGAUCUCAGAGGCAAGAAGCAAGAAAGUCAGACUAACACAGAUUCAAGAAACCUGACUGUCUUCAAACCCUCUAUGGCAAGUUCCUGGUCUUCCCUAUGCUCAAGUAUGGAUUCAAAAGAUUCUAUUGAACCAUCCAAGACUGCUGAAGCUAACAACUCUGGGACUGGCAAAAAGGAGAAGCCUCGGGUCUCUUCAUCAUAUCAGAGGAGAUCGUUAAAAAAGCCAGAAAGGGUGCCUUCCAUCUAUAAGUUGAAACUGAGACCUUGUGUCCGUCCCAGACGGGACCACAGGCCUGACAAGACACCUACAAAGAUCCCCAAACCAAUUUGUUAUAAACGAAGUCAAAGUCCAGGAGGCACCACUCAGAACAACAUAUCAGUACAAAGCACUGGUCUAUCUGAUAUUCAGAAAGGACACACUGUUUCUCGUAAAGUUUCCACCAAAAGACGCUCAAGAAAGACCUGUCAAACAACAUCCAAGUUUAGUGCCACAAUGUGCAGAGGAGGAGACCAGGAGAUGAUGGCUAACCAGGAGCUUGAAUUCUGGGUUUAAUGGUUUUUUUUACUAUAUAUUUUUUGUUUUCACUUGUGUCAUGUUUUGUAUCUCAGGCAAAAGCAGGAGUAAACUCAUUCAGUUGUAAGCUUAGGGACUAGUUCAGGGACCACUUCAUCCUUGUCAGAGUCCCAGUGGAUUAAGACCCUACCCUCGAGAUGGGAUACCAGAUGGGACCCUACCCUCGAGAUGGGAUACCUCUAGGAUGGGAUGCCAGACUGUUGCAUUUCAACACCUACAUCUGUAGCAGAACUCAAAAAGAGAUUGAACUCAAGAUUCUAAAGCUGUGAGCCAACAAAACGUCCUGAUGUACCACUGUGCUGCCCUGAUACAACUGGUGCUUUUAUUCAAAAUGACUAAAUUACAGUUUAGCAGUUGAGGAUUAAGGGUUUUGCUCAAGGACCCAACCAGGGCACCUUGGCUAUGCAGGGAUUUAAAUGGAUAACCUUUCAAUCAGUAGCCCAAAACCUUAUUCACUGAAUAGCUACUUCCCAAUUACCCAGAGAGAAAUUCGGCAUGGCAAAAUUCUUUAAAAGAAUUUACAAAUUUGAUUAGAAUAAUUCCUUGACUAUGCACAUGCACAUGCUGACAAGCUUCGACUUUAUCAAAUAAGCAAUGUUGUUUUCUCCCAGGCAGCUGGAAGGCUUGCAGAAAUAGAAAAGCGCGCACUGUAUUGCUGUUCACGGUCAGGUGCUUCACAGCUGAGCCUUAUUCUGUCAAAGCACAUAAGAUACCAAAGUACCAACAGACAAAUGUUCACUUAUUAAAAUCUACAUUAGUCCCAUCUGCUCAUCUGAUCAUGUGUGUAUGCAAGCUGCUUUUGUUUAACUGUAAACAAUUAAGACUAGCGAGGUACAGUAUCUAAGAUAGUAUUCAAAAACUGUAGCAUUCCCACGGAGGUUAUACUUAGCUCAAAUUUCCCUCUAACAAUUUUGUUGCAAGUCACCUUGCUGCCUUGUUUUUGCCGGUGC